AUGCCGGUUCGGAUACGUCUUGCCCGUCCACCUCAACGUACGAAGCUCACAACACAUUACAACAUCGUUGCCAUCGACGGUCGUAAACGUCGAGAUGCGAAACCGUUAGAAGUGUUGGGUGUUUACGACCCGAAGCCUAGGAUACCUGAGGAGAGGAGAGUGGAGUGGAGUGCUGAGAGGAUCAGUUAUUGGUUGAGUGUGGGGGCUCAGCCUAGUAAGACUAUUGAGGAGUUAUUGGAGAAGGGAGGAUUGAUCCCUGCGAAGCCGAAGCCUCAACGGUCGCCUACGCUACAGCUAUCCUCACUUGCCAGGUCCAUCGGGGAAGAACCAGGGGCUGCAUCACCGCCGUCGACUGGAACAGGACCUCAUCCCUAA